CUGCUGCUUCCUGAAGUCAGCCCCAGAGAGAAGUGUGAGCACCAGAGAAACAGAACCUCCUGAACUGCUCGGCUUUAAACCUGCUGGACAAGAAAGAGAUUUUCAGCGAAUCCCCCCAAUCUCCAAGAGUGGUCUUGGAUGGCCAAUUGAGUCUCCUGGAACUUGGCCAUCAGGGAGCCAGGCACCCAUCUGCCACAUCAACAACUUCACAGGGGCGUCUGUGGGCAUCAGGAAGCCCCCCAAACGUGGCCAUACUCCCUACAGAGCUCAGAGUGCUCAGCUGUGAGGAUGGAGUCAGGAGGAAGGUCUGCGAGAGCCCUGGGGCCUGUAGCCACCCUGGGUGGGGCAGAUGCCGGGCCUGGCUGCUCCUCCCUUGGUCUGCACAGCACAGAUCCAGGGAAGCUCCGAGCAUUGCCCAUUGGGCCUGGAGCCCACAGUGAGAACCAUGCCCCUGAGAGCCCUAGUGGCCAGGCUGUUGUGGGGGACAGACCCCCAGACAUGGGCUCUGAAGGAGAGCCGAGCUGCGAUGCUAAGAGCCCUAACCGGGACAGUGGGAUCGACAGCCCAUCCUGUAGCCUGGCCAAUGAGCCCUUCCCCCGCAAGAAAGGCAGUAAAGCAGGCCUGGGCCCCACCAUCCUGGGGCUGCACCCAGAGAUGGCUUCAGACAGCAAAGCCUCCCAGGAAGAGGCCGACAGCGAUGUGGGCGAGGACAGCAGCGAGGAGCUUGAGCCAGAGAACAGCUCCUCGAGGGCCAACAUUGAACCGGACCCGGCCAAGUGCUCUGAGCCCCAGAAGCUGCUUCACAUCGCCCAAGAGCUCCUGCACACCGAGGAGACCUACGUGAGGCGGCUGCACCUGCUAGACCAGGUUUUCUGCACCCGGCUGACGGAAGCAGGUAUUCCUCCUGAAGUCACCACAGGCAUCUUCUCUAACAUCUCCUCCAUCUAUCGUUUCCACGGGCAGUUCCUCCUGCCUGAGCUGCAGACACGGAUCACAGAGGAAUGGAACAUGAAUCCCCGGCUUGGGGACAUCCUGCAGAAGCUGGCCCCAUUCCUCAAGAUGUAUGGAGAGUACAUCAAGAACUUUGACCGGGCCAUGGAGCUGGUGAGCACCUGGACCCAGCGCUCGCUCCUGUUCAGGGACGUUGUGCACAGCAUCCAGAAGCAGGAGGUGUGCGGGAACCUGACGCUGCAGCACCACAUGCUGGAACCUGUGCAGAGGGUCCCCCGCUACGAGCUGCUGCUCAAGGACUAUCUGAAGCGGCUCCCAGUGGACGCUCCGGACAAGAAGGAUGCAGAGAGGUCCUUGGAGCUCAUCUCCACAGCCGCCAACCACUCCAAUGCCGCCAUUCGGAAAAUGGAGAAAAUGCACAAGCUCUUGGAGGUGUACGAGCGACUAGGGGGAGAGGAGGACAUUGUCAACCCCGCCAAUGAGCUGAUCAAGGAGGGCAACAUCCAGAAGCUAUCGGCCAAGAAUGGCACGGCUCAGGACCGCCACCUCAUCCUGUUCAACAGCAUGAUCCUUUACUGUGUGCCCAAACUGCGGCUCAUGGGCCAGAAGUUCAGCAUCCGGGAGAGGAUGGACAUUUCAGACCUCCAGGUGCAGGAUAUCGUCAAACCACAUGCAGCCCACACAUUCAUCAUAACGGGAAGGAAAAGGUCCCUGGAGUUACAAACCCGGACGGAAGAAGAGAAGAAAGAAUGGAUUCAGGUCAUCGGAGCCACCAUCGAGAAGCACAAACAGAACAGCCAGACCUUCAAGGCCUUCAGCGGCUCCUUGGGCCAGGACGAGGACCCCUCCCCAUCUCCAGACCCUCCUAUAGUGACUACCAGCUCUGAGGAGCCUGCAGUGGCAGCUGACAGUGGAGGGGGUGUUGCAGGGCUUGAGUCCAGGAAAGAGUCCUCUAAGACCAGGCGUGACAAGGAGAAACAGGGCUGCAGGGGCUGUGGUGAGACCUUCAACUCCAUCACCAAGAGAAAGCACCACUGCAAGCUGUGUGGGGCGGUCAUCUGCGGCAAGUGUUCCGAAUUCAAGGCCGAGAAUGGCAGGCAGAGCCGAGUCUGCCGAGAAUGUUUCCUGGCACAGCCAUUGGUCCCUGCAAGCCCCAGCCCCGAGGUUUCCGCCGAGUCCAGGCAGAGCACUGAGGAGGACAGCAGGCUGCCAUGCGCCAUCCCCAUUUCUGGCUGCAUGGUGAGUAUACUGGACCUGGCAGAGAGGCUGGAUGCUGGCAUGUGUGGCGACUGCAGUAGGCCCAGCAGUCCGUGUACCUGAGUGCCCCAUCCGCCGAGCCGGGAGCCCUGAGAGUGGUCGCCUGCAGGAACCUGACCCAGGCCAGCCCAGGGGCCCCAAAGUCCCAGGCCCCGGAGGCCCCAUGAACUGAGUCUUGGCCAUAUCCUUGGCUCUGCAACCACCACAGAAGGACACAUGCUCACCUGGGAGGUGGCCACAAAUGCCACAUUCAAAAGCUAAGGAUGCCCCAACUGCUGAGGGACCAGUAGACCACAGGACACUUGGCUCUGGAAGGUCCCUCUGCUUCAGAGAGGAGGACACUGAAGCCCAGAAAGGGGCAGCCACCUAUCCAGGGUCACCCAGCAAAUCAUGGGGAAGAGCCCAGCCUCUGCCCCCAGACCCAGCACUAUGGCUUGAAGCGGCACACAGGGUGACUAUCAUGUAAACCCCGUCUGUGUGGCUGUGUGGGGACUCCGAAAGGCAGGAGUGUCAUGGACGGUACCCAGGGACACCUGGUGGACGUCUGCAGUUGUGCUGUCCCUCCCAUUACUGACCUGUUGUCUACACUGUCCACAUCGUGUGAGUUAAGCCAUGACUGGCCCCCAGACUCCACCUCCUUUUCUGUUGCCCACAGACCACCAGCCCAUGCAGAGCCGCAAACAGGAGAGGGCAGGUGGCGAGCCUGGGCUGACCAGAAGGGACUUGUGGUUCCUGAGUAAUCUCACUGAGAAACUUCAUGGGAGGCCCCCCCAGUGUCACGUGAGGGCCUGAGAGUUGUGCCUAUCUCCCCUAGUGGAUGGCCAGCAGUGCUUAUUUGCAUAAAUAAAUGCAGGCAGCCAGCAGGUGGGUGCAGCCUGGGGUGGAGGCCCUGUAGGUAGGCCCACUCAUGGUUGGGUGGGGGACGAGGGUGACAGAAAAGCACAGUGACUCAGGCCUGUGGAGUAUAAGUCCAAGCCCCUUUGGGGGGCCCAGGAUGAAAAGGCGUCAGAUGGCUGGGCCUCAGAACAGGUGUGACACCUGGAGUUCUGCUCUGCGUCCCUGGUCAUGAUAGUGAGGGGGCCAGCAAUGUGUGCCCAUGUAGGAACAGGAGCAUGGGGUGCAGGCAUCCACAAAGAAGUUCAGAAGGUCACGGGGAGCAGCGGUGCCAUUUGCACCAGAGCCCAGAGGCCUCAGGAUAGAGAGGAGGAAUUUAGGGACCGAUGACUGAAGGGUCUCCAGUCCCUGGGGACACCCCAUCCCUCUAACAUCCACACAGCACCCUGGGUGAUCCCUGUCACUGCCCAGCCAUGGUCAGACUUUCAGAACGCCUACCUGGGGAGCUGAGAGGGCUGGCGUAGGAGCCAGAAAUGGGCUUCUGGUCAUGGUGAGGUGGGGGUGGGCACAGGUGAGGGGGACACAGGUGAUUUAGAGGCCCAGAUGAAGUGAGGGUAGGGCCCAGGGGAGGUGGGGGUGAAACCCAGCUGAAAGAAAGGGUUAAGGUGCAAGUGAGGUAGGGUACAAUUGAGGUAGGCAGGGCACCGAUGGGGUGGGGUGAGGGCCCAGGUGAGGUGGGCAGAGCCUAGGUGAGCUUAUACUUGAGCCAGUGCUGCCCCUGCGGGCCCACCCAGCUAUGUCUGGAUGCUGCUGAAGCUGUGUA